AUGCGAAAGAAAAUAGCCGACGAGGCUCAAAGGGGGGCCACUUUCAACAAGAAAGUGGGAGAACUCUUGAAGGAAGCAAACGAGCUCUCCACCCUCUGCGGGGUCGAGAUGGGCAUUGUCGUCCACAAGGAAGGGGAGGACAAUGCCGUGACAUGGCCUUCACGGAGAAUAUUCAACGAGAGUCUCCAAAAGUUCUUGAACUUUUCGGAACCGGAAAGGGCGGAGAGGAUGACCACACACGUGGACUUUCUCGAGCAACUUGUGGCGGCCGAGGCCCGUAAAAUGGCCGAGGCCCGGGAGAGGCUCCAAAUGCGGAAGGCCCAACAAUUGCUGGCCCAAGUGACAACGGGCGAAAAAAGAAUGGAGGAGCUCGAUUUCCAUCAAUUGCAAGGUUUGGCGUCGUUUGCUUCUGAGAUGCUUAGAAAGAUCGGGAAUCGUGAGAAUGAGUUGAAAGGCGAAGGGUCAGGCACAAAGUGGGCUCUGAUAUCAUGUCUCAAACCUGGCUCUGAUACCAUACGUCGCUCGUUCACCGCCGCCAUCGCCCCCCGCCACCGUCGACACACACUGUCACGGCUCUACACACAGACCUCCACUGCCCGUUCACCGCUGCCAUCGCCCCCCGCCACCGGUGACACACACACACGGCUCGCCAUGCACACGCACAGACGCCAUCGCUGGCCUCUAUCACCGCCGCAAUACUAUGUCCGAAAUUCCUCUACAGCGCACCAAUGGCCGUCGGAGGCCGAUGCCGGAUGA